AUGCCAUUGAUGGACAGGGAUAUGGAAGACUGUGACAUUGAUGAUCAACUAAAUCAGCGUCAGCUGUUUGAAGACAGUUACUACAGCACUCUGUCACAUGCAGAAUCUCUCUGUGUCGAUGGAGAGGCCGCGGAUAGCUCCAAGAAUCGUGUCGCUGAAAUUCACGACCUGACAGGAAAGUUUUCCUGGCAACACGUCAGCGGCAAGGAUAAUCCGAGCGAUCUGGCUCUGUUAUACCACUUGCGCGAGAAGUGGUGGCCUAUAUCCGGCAGGAAUUUAGCUAGGAAGGUGACUCAUCAGUGUGUUGUCUGCACGCGAGUUAGAGCUAUACACUUGGAGCUUGUCAGCGACCUAUCCACUGACGCAUAUCUACUCGCUCUCAAGUUUAUUUCCCGACGUGGAAAACCAUGUCAAAUUUUUUCUGACAAUGGACGCAAUUUCGUAGGUCUUUGUAAUGAUUUCGCUCAGUUUUUAUCUUCAUGUAGCAAAGACAUUGUUGAUUACGCUAGAAGUCAAAAUAUCGAGUUUUCUUUUAUACCUCCAUAUUCCCCUCAUUUUGGUGGCUUGUGGGAAGCGGGGGUGAAAUCGUGCAAGUACCACCUGCGGCGAGUGGUUGGUGGUGCUCACCUGACCUUCGAGGAGCUUACCACAGUACUGACCCAAAUUGAAGCGGUACUGAACUCACGGCCGCUGGCACCCCUGUCGUCGGAUCCAGCAGACUACUCUCCACUCAGCCCUGGACACUUCCUCAUCGGCCGACCUCUCACAGCGCCAGUAUGCGAGGAGGACCUGACGCAGGAACCGAUACAUCGGUUGACCCGAUAUCAAAGGGUUGAACAACUACGGCAACAUUUCUGGACGCGUUGGGCCAAAGAAUAUGUUUCGGAGCUGCAGACCAGGACCAAAUGGAGGCAGAAUUCGGCGGAACUAUCACCGGACCAGCUGGUUCUGAUCAAGGACUCUUCUCUACCCCCGCUGAAGUGGCAGCUCGGUCGUGUCGUGAGAACGAUUAACGGCAGCGAUGGUAUUGCCAGAGUAGCCGACAUCAGAACGUCGUCGGGAGUCCUGAGGCGAGCCUAUACCAAGAUAUGUCCACUGGUGGACAACGAACACUCAUGGCGAGAGACUUAG